AUGUUUGACUCUGUAAAAAUGUGUUCCGGGGCCGAUUGCGACAAGAACGCUGGGACCUUGCAAUGCCCAACAUGUCUGAAGCAGGGCGUGGAAGGUAGUUACUUCUGCACUCAAGACUGCUUCAAGAGGAAUUGGACCACACACAAGGCGACGCACAAGGCACAAAAUGCUAGCGGGCUCUAUAACCCGUUCCCAACAUAUAGAUAUACUGGCUCUGUUAGGCCUGUAUACCCGCUCUCUCCGAGACGCGCUGUGCCCAAAACAAUUCAGCAUCCCGACUGGGCUGAAACAGGUAUCCCAAAGCGCGAGAGGAGCUUGGACAGGAACAAGAUUGAACUCUUGGAUGAAAAGGGCCAAGAGGCCAUGCGUAAGGUAUGCAGAUUAGCUCGAGAAGUACUCGACAUCACUGCCGCAGCGAUAAAGCCUGGUGUGACCACGGAUUACUUGGAUGAAAUCUGCCACAAUGCCUGCGUUGAGCGAGAGUCAUACCCAUCUCCUCUCAACUACAGAAAAUUCCCCAAGUCAUUGUGUACAUCUCCAAAUGAGGUUGUAUGCCACGGUAUCCCCGAUCAGCGAAUUCUUCUUAAUGGAGACAUUCUCAAUCUUGACAUUUCCAUCUACCACGGUGGAUAUCAUGCCGACUUGAACGAGACUUACUACGUUGGUGACAAGGCUAGAGCGGACCCGGACUCGAUCAGACUCGUUGAAACGACGCGGGAGGCCUUGGACAUGGCCAUUGCGAUAAUCAAGCCAGGUGUACCGAUCCGAGAAUUUGGCAAGAUCAUUGAAAAGCACGCAACCUCCAGGGGACUUACCGUUGUCAAGACUUGGGGUGGCCAUGGUAUCAACUCGGAGUUCCACCCUCCUCCUUGGAUCCCUCACUACGCCAAGAACAAGGCUGUGGGAACUUGUAAACCUGGUAUGACGUUCACCAUUGAGCCUAUCUUGGCUUUGGGCAGCAACCGGGAAGUGUACUGGCCGGACGAGUGGACAAAUGUUACCGUGGAUGGUAAACGGACAGCUCAAUUCGAGCACACUAUGCUUGUGACAGAGACAGGCGUCGAGGUCUUGACGGCGAGGCUGGAGAACUCGCCAGGAGGACCAAUCCCUAUACCGGAUGUUGCAAACGAAGAUGCAAAUGGAAAAGCAAAUAAAUAA